AUGAUACGAAAGCAAUCAGAUUGUGAUACUUUUCAAAAGUUGGAUGCAUCAAACAUCCGUAAUGUGUGUAUAAUUGCUCACGUAGAUCACGGUAAAACGUGUCUUGCUGAUUGUCUUAUCUCAUCGAAUGGAUUAAUUUCGACUAGAAUGGCUGGUAAAUUACGUUAUAUGGAUAGUCGCGAGGAUGAGCAAAUUCGUGGCAUAACGAUGAAAGCUUCAGCAAUUGCUCUAGUAUACGAGAACAAUAUCAUAAAUUUGAUUGACAGUCCUGGUCAUGUUGAUUUUUCUGAUGAAGUUUCCUCAGUAUUGCUGUUGUCAGAUAUAGCCUUUUUGGUGAUCGAUGUGGUUGAAGGACUUUGCUCACAAACUGAAUUUCUCCUUCGGCAAGCAAUUCAGCUAAAUUUAGAAAUAAUUCUUGUUUUCAACAAAAUUGAUCGAUUAGCUAUAGAAAUGAAACAAACUCCUGCUGAAGCUUUUGCUCAUAUACGGCGUUUGCUGGAACAAGUUAAUAGUUGUAUCAGUCAGAUUAUUUCGGGUGUUCUAGUUGAGCAGGAAGAUUGGCAUAGUGUUGAACGUGCUGAAAAGGGCUUGUAUUUUUCACCAGAAAAUGAAAAUGUUAUUUUUGCUUCAGCUUUGCAUGGUUACGGAUUUUCCUUGUUGGAUUUCUCCCAGAUUUGGUCCAAGAAAAUUAGUAUACCAGAGAAGGAUAUAUUAUCAAAACUCUUUACGGAUUCGUAUUUUUCAAAAGGCGUGAUCAAAGAAGGAGCAGAAUGUCUAGGAAAGAAAACUUUAUUUGAGCAGUUCAUCUUGCAACCAUUAUGGGAUGUUCAUAAAUCUGGCCUUGUAGAUGUAGAUUUGGAGAAAUUGAAGGCAUUUGCUGAUAAAAUGAAUGUCAAAAUUCGAAGCAGACGUACAAUGGAAGCGUUCGAUGAAUUUAUGCGCGGUUGGCUUCCUCUGACGAAAGCUUGUUUCCGAGCUGCCAUCGGCUCGUCACCUUCAUCUCAAUCCUUCACACAUCCUCGCCGCCUAGCGUCGUUGUCUUUGGAUGAAAAUCAUUCUCUUUAUGAAACCGUUAGAGCAUGUGACAGUUCAGCUACUACUGUCGUUUUUGUUGCUAAAAUAUUGCAAUAUGGUGAAACUGUAUUAGUAAUGUGCCGUGUGCUUUCUGGAAGUAUUCGGAAAGAUGACCAACUAUUUUUGAUUAAUAAUAAACAUUCAAAUGGAACUGUCCUCGAAAGGCCAUUGGUAACCAUUUGCGGAGUUUAUUUACUUAUGGGCCGUGAAAAAAUUGCGGUGGAUUGUGUCGUCGCAGGUGCAGUAUGUGCAAUCGAAUUUUCGAGUGAAAUGUUAGCAACAACUCUCUGUAGCGAAGCAGUUUCGGAGGGACUAAUUCGUGUUACUCAUGGUGCAAAACCGUUGGUCCGUGUGUCGGUACAACCGGAAGGUGGCCUAGAUGAACUUAAAAGUUUACGAACUGCUCUAAAGCAACUUAGCGUUUUAGAUUCAAAUAUUCGAGUUGUCGAGCAAGAAAAUGGUGAAUUAGCCAUGUUUGCUGCAGGCGAAGUUCAUCUUCAGAAAUGCCUUACUGAUUUGUAUAAUAUGGGGCAGAGCAAUAUAAAAGUGUCGGAACCCUCAGUACCUUUCUUCGAAACUAUAAUUUCUAUACCUGGAUUACCUAACAAUUCAAUGCAACCUGUUGAUUGCAACGUUCGCAGCGGUGCAGCCAAAAUAAAAUUGCGUGCAGCACCAUUGCCGCGAGAACUUCUUGAAGUUUUGGAGAAAAAUGAGGACAUCUUACGUGAUUUACGAGAAGGGAAAUUUACCUCAGCGAUAGAGGAUUUACAUAAAAUUUUGCUGAAUGAUUGUGUGAAUUGGCUGAAGGAUUUAAAAGGAAGUUUUUGGUCAAAACAGCGAACCGAGCAACUUAGACAUUUCAUCGAUAGGAUAUGGGCAUUUGGACCACCUAGAGCUAGAUUUAACAUAUUGUUCAAUGCAACGGAAGAUUAUGAUAGGCCAUCAAUAUGGGAAAAAGGUACUUCCAAGUUACGAUGUUUUGAUCAAUCGAUAAUAGCGGGUUUUGAUUUAGCGGUAGGAGCUGGUCCCCUAUGUGAAGAACCAAUGUGGGGUACUGCUAUUGUUGUUGAUGAAUGGACUGUAAAUGAAGUUGAUGAUCCAACAAUGGCUGGAGCCUUGAUAUCCGGGAUGAAGCAGGCAUGCAGAGAAGCACAAAAAAAGCAUCCACUUCGACUUAUGGCUGCGAUGUACAAAUGUGUUGUACAAACAAAUGCUCAAGCGUUAGGCAAAGUGCAUACAGUUCUUUCACAAAGGCGAGCAAAGAUAUUAAAUGAGGAUAUGAACCAAGCGAAUGGGUUAUUUGUUGUUGAGGCACAUUUACCAGUUAUUGAAAGUUUUUCGUUUUGCGAACAACUAAGGAAAAAAACAAGUGGUCUUUCAUCGGGUCAGUUGGAAUUUUCACACUGGGAAAUAAUCGAUGAAGAUCCGUUUUGGGAACCUACUACCGAGGAUGAGGUUGAAUUGUAUGGUGUCAAAGGUGAUGCUAUAAACCGAGCUCGUGUUUACAUGGAUGCAGUAAGGAAGCGAAAGGGUUUAUUAACUGAUGAACUAAUUGUAAUUAACGCCGAAAAACAACGCACCUUGAAAAGAAAUCGUUGA